AGUUCUGUUUGUCCGGUGACUUCUUUCGCUUCUCGACUUGAAGAGAUAUAAGAGUCGCAGGAGUAGUAAAACAGUUAAUCAGUUAUUACAGAAUAAUAAUAAUGAUGCGUCUAUCGGUUAUCUGCUCUUGUCUAAUUCUGGUGCCGUUGCUGUGCGACGCGCGGAUCUCCAAGCGCUAUGUGAUCGGCUGUCCGGAGCGCUGCGACAAGAGUCUGUGUCCGCCCGUACCGGCCGACUGUCUGGCCGGAGACCUCCUCGACCAGUGCGACUGCUGCCCGGUGUGCGCGUCCGGCGAGGGCGAGCCCUGCGGCGGCACGGGGAAGCUGGGAGACCCGGAAUGUGGAGAGGGUCUGGAGUGUGCCGUGUCUGACGGGACCGGAGCCACGGCCACCGUGCGGAGGAGAGCAAAGAGCGGCGUGUGCGUGUGCAAGAGCCCGGAGCCCGUGUGCGGCAGUGACGGGGUGUCCUACAGGAACAUCUGCGAGCUCAAGAGAGUCAGUAAACGGGCGCAAAAGCUCCUGCAGCCGCCCAUCAUCUUCAUCCAGAGAGGCGCCUGCGGGAAAGGUCAUGAGGAGAAUCCCGACAGUCUUCGUCACAGAUAUAACUUCAUCGCUGAUGUUGUGGAGAAGAUCGCUCCUGCUGUUGUUCACAUCGAGCUGUUCCGCAAGAUGGUCUUCUCUAAGCGUGAGGUGGCAGUAGCCAGCGGCUCUGGUUUUGUGGUGUCUGAAGAUGGUCUGAUUGUGACCAAUGCUCAUGUGGUGGCCAACAAACACCGGGUGAAGGUCGAGCUGAAGACUGGCGCCACUUAUGAUGCCAAGAUCAAAGACGUGGAUGAGAAAGCCGAUAUCGCCCUCAUCAAGAUAGACGCUCCAAUGAAACUGCCGGUGCUGUUGUUGGGCCGGUCCGCUGAUCUGAGACCAGGAGAGUUUGUGGUGGCCAUCGGCAGUCCGUUCUCUCUCCAGAACACUGUGACCACAGGCAUCGUCAGCACCACCCAGCGAGGAGGCAAAGAACUGGGCCUGCGUAACUCCGACAUGGACUAUAUCCAGACUGAUGCCAUCAUCAAUUAUGGGAAUUCAGGAGGGCCCUUGGUGAACCUGGACGGUGAAGUGAUCGGAAUCAACACGCUGAAGGUGACAGCAGGGAUUUCUUUCGCUAUUCCAUCUGACAAGAUCCGACAAUUCCUGGCCGAGUCUCAUGACAGACAGGCUAAAGGAAAAACAGCCACAAAAAAGAAGUAUAUUGGUGUGAGAAUGAUGACGCUAACCCCAACACUUGCUAAGGAGCUGAAGGACAGACAGAGUGACUUCCCAGACGUCACCUCGGGCGCAUAUGUCAUUGAAGUUAUCCCAAAAACACCGGCUGAAGUUGGCGGUUUGAAGGAGAGUGACGUCAUAAUCAGCAUUAAUGGUCAGAGGAUCACGUCAGCCAGUGACGUCAGCACAGCCAUCAAGAGAGACGAGAGUUUGAGAACAGUGGUGCGACGCAGCAAUGAAGACAUCAUUCUCACCAUCAAACCUGAAGAGAUUGACCCUUGACCUCUCUUCACCCUCAUGCUCACCCACGAGCUGGUUCUCAGACUCUAACUGAGUGUGUGUCAGGAGCCACACUCAUACUAGAAUAUGAAGUGAAUUCUUUCAUCGAACCUGAAACGCAACAGGAAAUCCUUUCUUAGUUACUUGUUUCCUAAACAUGGAGUCUUUUUCAUUUAUCCAUUCAUGUAUAUUGCACCAUAUUUGAAUGAGCCUUUUGUAAAUACGUAGAUAUGAGCGUUAACAUUUUUGUGCCAGCAAGUGAAUUAACACACCAAAAUUAUCAACAUUAUCAAGGGAUCAUGAAAUAUAGCAACCUACUCUCAUAGAAUAAGUGUUACUAUAACUAAUUGUUUUACUAAAUUGUUUCAUUUGUUCUACGUUUCGCUAAAGUUUCCUGGUGAAAUGAACACUAGAUGAGCUACAACAACUGUGCGUUUUAUUAACUUUCACACAAAUCACGAGUACAACGACCAAACAAAACGCUUGUAUUACAGACUCACCUACAUUUACACACUUAUUCCAGUAUGAUUAUCUUCUGCGGAAGCUCACCUGAGAGUGUUGGACUCAGAAGUACAUGGUUCGAGACCAGUCAAGCAAGCAAGCUGACACGUGAGACAAAAGUGUCAUAGAAGUGAUACAAGAUUGCUCCAGAAAGAGUGCUUUUCAUUUAUCUAACGGUUAGAUUUAGGUGUCUGUUUUUUUCACCUCUCAUUUGAUAUUAGAUCACUAUUGGUUAGGUUUAGGUUAACCUCUUAAACCCGGAGCAACCUGGUACCGGGCCCUCUAGGGGACGCUGAUCACUAUAUAUAUAUAUAUAUAUAUAUAUAUAUAUAUAUAUAUAUAUUAUAGUAUUACUCAACAACCAAUUGCGUGAUUGCACAAAUUAGGUAUCAUUUUAAAGCUUAUACUCUUAUCUUUACUAUGAAUAUAGCAAUUCUAAAAUACUGCUUUUAAAUUUGCUGAUAAAUAAGAACAGUUCUGUUUUUAAAAAGUUCGCAAAUAUGCAGAAACAAUCAUAUACUGUAACAAAAAAAAACAAAAAAAAUCAGUAAAAUACAUCACGUGUGUUAUAUAUCUUUGGAAAUGUUUUGAAUAGUAGAAUAUUACAAGCUAAUUUGUUUCAUUUGGAGACCAAACUACAGUGAGUAUUUGCGUGUAAAAUCCACAUGUAUCUUCAAAAAAAGGAUAAACAGCAUUUUAUUACUUCAUGAAAAAUACACAUAGUAAAGAAAUGAGAUAUCACAACUUACAGCAGGCGAUUCUGAAUCAAACAAGCACUUUGAUAUAUAAAAGUCCACCUUGGGAACCAUGGAUCCAUAUGCUAUAACUUUGGUGUUACUCCAACAUGUCAACUACACCAGGAAGAAAAUAAUUUGUGGUAGGACAAAGCAAUCCAAAGUAAAUUUUUUGACCAUUCAUUCUUCCUGUCUAAAAGGUAUAAUGUCAAACUGAAAAGUUCAUUUUUUAGCUCUCAUAUUUUAUGUGUUUUGUCAGUAGUGUUGUAUCAUAAGUCUCUGUGCAGGAUUCAAAUAUAUUUUCUUACAUUUUGAAAGGUUUUCUAAAAAUGUAUACCAUGCAAUUGACGUUCUGUGCAUUUUUAUAUAUUUUUUUAAAGAGUUUAAGCUUACUUUUGAUUAUGCGAUUUUAGCAGAAAUCCGUCAAAAUGCCUUUAGGGUGUAAGAGGUUAAAGUUUUAGGUUAGAGAGGUAUUUUUUACUCAUUAAAACCCCCAUCUAACAUUCACCUUAAAAGCUCGUCUAUUUACGACACCAUUUCACUCACUUUUGGCACCCCCUGCUGGACAUUUCACUGGGAAACUGCAGCCAAACGUGUAAUGAAGCUCCAUAAUGUUUGUGUGCAUCGGACGGCAAUUUCAGAAACGGAAUUAAAGAAGAUUAACGUUUUUAAAACCA